AUGUCUCAUCACGUAUAUGAUAUGUACUACAUAGAUGUACCUACUGAAAAUAUCUUUGAAUCAUUCGUAGAUAAUACAUCCACUCCCGUUACCCUUACUAAUUCAACAUAUUCUCAACAAUUCAAUGACCAAUCAGAUACGAACACACCCAUAGAUCUUACCCCUCUCAUACCAUCACUGAAUAACCCGUGGAGACCAGAUGAAGUAUUUCGACCCCGCUGA